GAGAGAGAACUUUUUUUUGGAACAAGGUCCAAAUCACCUAAAUUGAUCGACUUGAUAUGUUGUGAUAUUGGUUGCAUGAUUAGUAUAACAGUUAUAAAUUAAUUCAAAUUACUGAUUUUAGAUAUUUUGUUAAAAAACAUAUCUUAGUGCUUAACUUAAAUGGACAGAUGUAUCACACAUUAUAGGAACAUUUAAAAAAAAGCAUUUUUUCAUAAAUGGUGAAAAAAAACUGAAAUAGGUCUCUGCCUUUUGUGGCUUCCAAAUGUUAGUUGUUUUGUUGAUCUUUGUCUAUUUCUCGUAGCAGAGGAAGUUCGUUCUCACAGGGAAAUAUUACCACUUUUCUAUUAUGUUAUUAUAUACUAUUAUUUUCUAUUAUUAUUUUAUUUUUUUUACAUCAGAGAGUAAGCGUUUAGAGCGGGAAGUUUAACCACGUUUCAUUUAUAUUCGAAAACCAAUUGGAAUGAAUAUUGUGUAGCUAUCCAUGGUGCUGAAGGUGCUGAAGUUCAUUUCUACAAAACACUUUGCAUCUCUGGAACAUAACCAAAUACGUUUUUCAUUCAUGAUAAAAAGCUUAGAUUGGAUGAUUGCAGUCACUUUGGUUUUCAGUGAAUCCCAUCUUUGUCAGUGCCAUUGCUGUUAAAGAUUUUCUUGAAGUGUCAGCAAUUUCUACAAUCCAUUGCCAAUUAAAGAUCUGCACACAACGUUUUAUUUGAGAGUGCAUGGUCUCAUUGGUUUUAUGAUUUCAAUAGUACGUAUCUUAGUUUAGACCCGUUCCUUUUCAAGGUAUAAUCUUGAUUUUACAAAAUACAAAACAAUUACAAUGAAGGAAGACAUUUGUUCAGUCUUUUGACUUGUAGUAUGCAGUGCAUUCAACAAUAGACAGUCAUAUUUCCGUUUUGUGAUUGUAUCAGUUUGUGAAAUUUUCAUGCUUGAUUAUGAAUGAGAAUUCUUCCCGGUGGUACAAUGCUGUUUUAUUAUAUUUAUUGUAAGACGUAGUAGCCGUAACCGUCCACAUGGGGACGCUACAUACUUUAACAUGCCAACGACCGUUCGUGAGAUCAGGGCUCCUCCCAGGCUCAGGGUAGGAUGUAUCACUGGGCUUUGUUAGAAAGAGAGGUGGAACGACAGGGAGCAGUUCUCUUAUUUCGCUGAAAAAUGACGGAGUCGUUUGUAUUUUUUCUCUGGAUCUAAGGCUUGUGGAUGUUCUGACACGUUAGUGACACUUCCCUUGCGCAUGGCUGGAAUUAUGCAUUUAUCGAGGAGAACGGGCUCUGUGUGGAUUUAUCUCGUCUUCGUGCUGUUGGAUUGUUACUGGGAAGCCGUGGCUGGGCAGCUCUCUUACUCCGUCUCAGAGGAGGUGAAUCUCGGGACUGUUGUCGGGAAUAUCGCUAAAGAUCUGAACAUCAAUGUGCAGGAUUUGGAGCCCCGCAUGUUUCAGAUCGUUGCUGGAUCAAAGACGAAAUAUUUCGAGGUAAAUCUAAAGACUGGCGUCCUUUACGUUAACGAGAGAAUAGACCGAGAGGAGCUCUGCGGCAACGAACCCAAAUGUUCCCUCAGUGUAGAAGCAGUUAUUAAUAAUCCUCUUAAACUCUAUCGCGUAGAAAUUAUGAUCGUAGAUGUGAAUGACAUGUCACCGUCAUUUCUUAGUGCGACUCAAGUAUUAAACAUAAGUGAAAGCACAGCAGCAGGAGCUAAAUUUCCUCUUCAUCCUGCUCGCGAUGCAGACGUUGGUAAAAAUACUGUAAAUACAUACAAGCUGAGUCAAAAUGAACAUUUCUCUCUUAUUACACAUAAAGGAGACACUGUAAUUCCCGAACUGGUGCUUCAGAAAGUUUUAGACAGAGAAAAACAGUCCGUGAUUAAGCUCACACUCACUGCGGUUGAUGGAGGAACUCCAGUCAAAUCUGGCACAAUGAUGAUAAUAGUUAAUGUUCUGGAUAAUAAUGACAACCCUCCUGUAUUCAGUCAAACGCUUUAUAAAGUGAGUGUGUAUGAGAAUAUAAUGAUGGGAACAUCGAUAAUAACAGUAAAUGCAACUGAUCUAGAUAUAGGACCAAACGGUAAAGUAUUGUAUUCAUUCAGUGAAGUAGGUAGAGGGAAACAAACGGACCUGUUUGAUAUAGAUGAAAAAACUGGGACCGUAAAAAUUAAGAAGAAUAUCGAUUAUGAAGAAAACAAUGCGUUUGAAAUACGAAUACAGGCGAGUGACGGAGGUUUAUCGCCAAUGACGUCACAUACAAAAUUAUUAAUCCAAGUCAUGGAUAUUAAUGACAACGCUCCUGAAAUUUCAGUCACAUCACUGUUACACACAGUGAAGGAAGACGCACCAAUAGGAACUGCUAUUGCACUAGUGUCAAUCUCGGAUAAAGACGGAGGAACGAACGGUUUGGUGACCUGCACAAUUUCAAAUAAAGUUCCUUUUAAAUUAGAGUCAAACUAUAAAAACUCCUAUUCGCUAGUGGUUGAUGGGCCUCUAGACAGAGAGACAGCACCUCAGUACAAUAUCAGCAUCACCGCUACUGAUGAGGGGAGCCCACCUCUGUCCAGCACGAGCGUCAUUACUGUCCACGUCUCAGAUGUAAAUGACAACAAGCCUCUAUUUACUGAAAACACGGUAAAUGUCUAUGUCAAAGAAAACGCUCCAGUAGGAAAAGCUAUAAAAACGGUUACAGCCACUGAUGCAGACGCAGAUCAGAAUGGUCAUGUGACCUAUUCGUUUUUACAAAGUAACACAAACUUACUACCAUUAUCUACCAUGAUAAACAUCAACUCAGAGACAGGAGACAUAGUCAGUUUACAGUCAUUUAACUUUGAGGAGCUGAAGACGUUUCAGUUUAAAGUCCAGGCCACAGACUCUGGUCUUCCUCCGCUCAGCAGCAACGUGACCGUCAACGUUUUCAUCCUGGAUGAGAACGACAACAGUCCCUCCAUUCUCGCUCCCUAUUCUGAGCUGGGCUCCGUUAACAGUGAGAGCAUCCCCUAUUCUGCUGAAGCAGGAUACUUUGUGGCAAAGAUCAGGGCUGUAGACGCAGACUCUGGAUACAACGCGCUGCUCUCUUACCACCUGUCUGAGCCCAAAGGAAACAACCUCUUCAGGAUCGGAACCAGCAACGGGGAAAUCAGGACUAAGAGGAGAAUGAGUGACAAUGACCUGAAAACUCACCCCUUGGUGGUGCUGGUCUCUGAUAACGGAGAACCCUCCCUGUCGGCUACUGUGUCUAUUGAUGUGGUGGUGGUGGAAAGCACAGCUGACCUCCAGACUCCGUUCAGACAUGUGCCCAUGAAGGAGGAGAGCUUCUCUGUUCUCAACCUGUACCUGCUGAUCGCCAUUGUGUCGGUGUCCGUGAUCUUUCUGCUCAGCCUCAUCAGUUUAAUAGCUGUCAAAUGUCACAGGACAGACGGCAGCUUCAGCAGGUACAGCGCCCCAAUGAUCACCACCCACCCUGACGGGAGCUGGUCUUACUCUAAGGCUACUCAGCAGUACGACGUCUGCUUCAGCUCAGACACGCUCAAGAGUGACGUAGUGGUUUUCCCAGCUCAGUUUCCACCUGUGGACGGGGAGCUGAUCAGUAUAAAUGGAGGAGACACGUUUACCAGGACUCAGACUUUACCUAGCAAAGAAAAGGUAAGAUAG